CGUUUACCUCAGCCAGCUCACCAAUCAGGGCGGUGUUUGCUGAUUGUGCUGCACUGGCCUAUGGCAGGUAGUGUUGGAAAUUCGCUGCGGCUUGUCAGGAAGGAGCUGAAGGGGAGACAUGACCGGGGCUCCGGGAGAGGAGGAGGAGGAGUGAGGUAAAUGAAGAACAGGAGUCGUGAUACAUUUCUGUGCCUCGAAUUAGAGCGGUCGUUCAUGCGUUUUAUAUGAUGCUGGCAUAUCGCUCGCAUAGCCGGAUCAAUGGCUAGAGAUAUAUUCUGUCAGAAGCUGUCAGAAGCAAGGAUGCUAAAAACAUCACACUAAAGAGAUCCACUGAUCCCCAUAAAAGGCAUCCAAUGCAUUCCAGACAUGAAGACAACCACUUUCCGCUGCUCUUAAUAAAUAAUUGAGUUCUUUGCAAUUCAGAUAUUCACACAUAUAUUAUCAGGAUUGUUCCAAUGUGCACAGACACAAAAGGGUGCCUAAUACUAGAGAUAAAGAGAGCAGUGGAUGUAGUGUGAAGAUGCUGGGAUCUGAACGUGGUGUAGUGGAGGAAUGGCUCUCCGAAUACAAGGUAUUACCUGAAACUCAGCUCCCUGCUUAUGCUGCAACACUCCAUCGCAAGAAAACACUUGUCUCUGCCCUUUAUAAAGUUAUUCAGGACCCAAACAAUGAGCUUCUUGAGCCUAUAUGCCACCAGCUUUUUGAGCUCUAUCGCAGCUCUGAGGUACGACUCAAGAGAUUUACCAUGCAGUUUUUGCCAGAGCUGAUCUGUGUCUACCUACGUCUCACUGCCAGCCGUGAUCGACAGAGUAAUGGGUGCAUUGAAGCUCUUCUCUUGGGCAUUUACAACCUGGAAAUAGCAGACAAAGAUGGCAACAAUAAGAUUUUAUCUUUUACCAUCCCAUCAUUAUCUAAGCCUUCUAUAUAUCAUGAGCCUUCAUCAUUAGGAUCUAUGGCUUUGACUGAAGGAGCCUUGAGCCAACAUGAUCUAAUUAGGGUUGUUUAUAGUGACCUUCACCCUCAAAGAGAAACCUUCACCGCACAAAACAGGUUUGAAGUGUUGAGCUUCCUCAUGCUUUGCUACAACUCUACUAUAGUCUACAUGCCACCUUCUUCUUAUCAGUCCUUGUGUAGGAUGGGCUCCAGGCUUUGUGUGAGUGGCUUUCCAAGGCAACAUGAAAAGUGCUGGAAGGACCUUUGUGGCCGGGUGGUGUUGGAUCCAGAAUUUAUGGUGCAGCUUCUCACUGGAGUUUAUCAUGCUAUAUACAAUGGGGAGUGGCACCUAGGGCAGGAGGUGCUGGAUGAUAUAAUUUACCGAGCCCAGCUAGAGCUUUAUUCCCAGCCCCUGUUGGUAGCCAAUGCCAUGAAAAAUUCUCUGCCAUUUGAUGCUCCGGACUCCUCCCAACAAGGACAAAAAGUGCUGAAAGUUGAAGUGACACCAACAGUUCCUCGCAUCUCUAGAACGGCCAUCACCACAGCCUCAAUACGGCGGCAUCGCUGGAGAAGGGAAGAUGGUUUUGACUUCACAUGCGACUCGAACCCAGGCUCCCCGACCAUGCGCAUCAUCAAAGACCUAGGGGCUAAUCGCGAGGGGGAUGUUCUUGUGUACACGACCCCCGAGACCUCCUCUCCAGAUGAUGCCUCAGAGGGACCUGAAGGGACAUUAACAGGAGAAGACAUUCUCAACAUUACUGAUGCAGAUGAGGGAUUUUCAUCUGCAGCAUCUGUUAGUAGUCAGCCUUUAUCAGGCAAACAGACUUCUUCUUCAAGGAGUGGAUCAAGAAAAGGAGGCAGUGUGCGUUCGGUUAAGGAGAAAGAACCACCGACUCAAACAAAGCCUAGUGAAAGUGCUCGGGAUAGCACACCUAGAAAGCAGCACGUCCCUGUAGCAGCAGAUCCAACACUUGAAGGGAUAGAGCUAUCUCCAAUGAAGAAGCCACUAAGCCUUCCAGCAGGCCAGGUGGUGCCCAAAGCCAGUAGCAUAAGUCUGAUCCGAACCUCCAGUACUUCAUCUAGUAAAUCAUUUGACUAUGUAAAUGGCAGUAAAGCAGGGGGCAGCAGUGGGAUUGAUACCAACCUCUCUGCCUGCAACACCAACAGGUUUUCAACUAUUAGCCUACAGGAGGACAGACUAGUUCAUACAAUGGAAGGUAAAGACCUCCUGUCUCCUGGUGCCCCAUUGACCAAACAGUCUCGAUCCCCGAGUUUUAAUAUGCAGUUAAUAUCACAGGUGUAAUUGUCUCUAUAUCCCCCCUGCUCAUCAGUGCUGCAUUACUGUGCAUCAUUGCACGUGAACAAAGACCUUGUCUGUCAUUUUGUUUCCUAAAAACAGUUCUCCCCCUCCCCAUUUAUUCCCAAAUUAAAAAUCUGUAUUCUAUAGUGAGAGCAAUAGAAAUAAUUUUCCAUCCACUGCAAAUAUUUAACAUGUGCUUUUGUAAUUUUUUCCUUUCAACUGCUUCUGUUUAAAGGGGCAGUAUAUUCCCCUUAUCAACAUGAGUGCGAAGAAUAAGGCUUGUGCUGAACAUACUUUUUUUCCUAUUGUUUUAUUCCUCUAUGUUAUUUUGUGAGCCAACAGGCAGACAAUAAGAUUAACAGAACACAGAUAAUCUGCUGCAUAAUGGACUCCAAUGUAUCUGUGUUCUGUAUCACAUGGACUUAAAAUAUAAGAAUAGUCACAUCUCCUGUAGGACUUUACCAGUUAUUGGACAUCAUAUUCAUCAAUGGAUAAACAGUAUGGCCUUGUGGGCUGUGCUUUGUUUCACAAAAUCCAUGGAAAAGACUUUUGAGCAUUUAAAAAAAAAAAAAAGUAAUUCAUGAACAGAUUCUGCCGGACAAAGAACUCAGAGGGAGAGUGAAACAUACUGCUUUUGUUUAGCUUUUCAUUUUAUAGCUUGUCUGAAGUAUCUAAAUGUAUUUGGUCUUGGAAGGUCAGUGCAGCUGAGUCUGCCGAUGUAUAGAUUUCUCACCCUCAUCGAACAGGCUUUGCAACCAAAUAUGUUUUUUCAUCCAUGCCUCGUUCACCAGGAAGUACUGGAUAGCUGUACUAAACACAUUCUUUUUGGUAUGAAGUUUUCUGCAACAGCUGUUUUUUUACCUUGUUCUUGUAGCUCCUAGCUGUGUUCAUUAUUUAUUUGGACAAAUAAGUAAUUUUAGUGCAUCCUUAUGAUCUUGGCAUAAUGCAACUCCUGUGCAGUUUAUGGCAUAACUGUAGAUGUCUGUUCUAGCUGGAAAUGAUUUACUUUUUGCUGGAUAAUGGAUUUUCUUGGAUUGACUUGUUUAUCUCAUGGAUGGGAAAGCUCCUGCUAUCUGCAUGCUGUAUAAAUAUCCUGAUUGCUGAUUGGGUAUGCUGGCUGGCUAAUAAGCAGCUACUGGCGCCCCCUAAACUGGUUUGAUAAGUUGCUGCUAAUUGCUACCCUCACUUAAUGGACAAGGAGAGGGGAAGUUGUAUAUGAUGUAGUAUAAAUGCUUUUGGUUCUUUUAUAUUGUAUUUUUGUAGCUAGCAAUACAGUCCUGUGAAAGGGGAACAAUGGCCUUUGUGCUUGACAGCUGAUAGUAUGGUUGCCUCUGUUUUAAGGUACUGAGGCAUCUGGGCUAAUAGUGUCUUCAUUUUCAAAGUUAUUUUAUUUGCCACUUUAACCCUGGAUUGCUAUCAGCUACCUUAUUUCAUAUAUUACCCACCUGUACUCAGGGAAGAUACUGAAUUUGACCUCUAUUUUAGAGUAGAAGUAUUUGGAGGUGCAAUUGCCAUGUGGUAUUAGGGUUGCCACCUAUUCUGGAAAAAAAAUUCCGGCCUUCCUAUAUAUUUAUCUUUUUUCCCUAUUAAUAACAUUGGGAUAAACCAUAAUUUUUAUUGGCCAGGUGGCAACCCUGUGUGGUAUAUUCCAGGGCACUGCGAUAAGAAACUACUCCAGCUCAAUGGUUUUUAGGGUUCACAGGGAUGCUCAAUGUCUAUAUUUCUGCCUGCAUGCUUCUGAAAAUCUACUACAGCCCUCCUCCAAAUGCCUGUGGGUAUGAACAUUUAUUCCAAAUGAUCAACAAAUUCAGUUAUUUAGCACACAUUGACUUUUUGGCACCAACAAACUCACGCACUGCCAUGUGCAAAAGCUGGAAGGCUGGGUUUGCUACUUUUAUUGGUGUGCACAAAAACAUGUGCAAAUUCUGGGAGGGUUGGGGUACAGCCUCCUAUGAUUAAACUUUAACACUCACAACAAAAACAUUUAAUCCAGGCUUCAGAAGCAUUUACACAAGCACCUGCAGACUCUUGUAGUCGCAAAAUGUUGCGACCCUCCUCAAAUGCAUCUAUCAUGUUCACAAUGGAAUUAGAAUGUAGACAUGGGACAUUUUGUUAUUGCAGUUCUCCCGGCACAGAAUGAUGUCUUUGAGAAAGAUCUAAGACAAUUGUGGUAAGGCAAGAUAAAUGGAAAAGCUACAUCUAACAUUCCUGUACGAAGUCACAAAACCGUUGUCAGAAUAUUUGCAUUCAUCAUUCCGCAGGCCAGUGCUUGCCAUUUGAUGUAUAUAUAUAUAUAUAUAUAUAUAUGGAUAAAACAGUGUGUAUAAUACCCAGGAGACUCCAUCCAAACAGCAUUAAUUUAUUUUCAGUGUACAAAAGCAAAGAACCUUUAUUUUAGGCUGAUACACAUUUAAAUUGAACCUUGCUUUUUUGCAGAGUAUAUAUAUUCUACCUAUUGCUUUCAUCUAAAAGUGAUUUCUUUUUAUUAAACAUUGCACAUGGAUUAAAAGCCUCUUAGGAUGAGUGGCAAGUGACCCCAAACUAGUCAUUUUCUUCGCUUAUCCUAAUGCCGCACAUUUGCGUCUGCUUUGUCCUGUGGUAUAAUGCUUAGCAAUUUAGUAAACCGAGGAAUAGUUCCAUGUGUAGAACUUCAAAUCUCACAAUGGCUGAACUGAAAAUAUAGUGACCCCACUAACACUGACCCACUAGCAGAGACACAAAACAAUGCAGAUUUAGAAAACUAUUUACUGGUUACAACUGAAGAGCAUUAGUUUAUGUGGCUCUGUCCCAGGGAAAGUCCAGUAUAAUGUCACUAUGCUGCUGUUGAGCCUCACAUUAGCCAUUAGCUUAGGGUUGGAUAUCCUUAUAGUGCCCUGAUAUCAUAAAAACAACUGGGAUUUGAUAAAGAUAUGUGUUUGUGUGUAUACAUACACAUACAGUACAUAUACAUAUAGACUAUAUGGCCAAACAUAUCUGGACACCUGCAUGUCCAACAUCUCACUGUGGAACUGAGUAUUAAUGUUCUCUGGUCAUAUGAGAAGGCUUUCUUGUACAUGUCGGAACAUUGUUGGCGGCUUUCAUUCAGCCAAAAGGGCAGUAAUGCUGAGUGAUCAGGCUUGUUUUGCAGUUGGCAUUUCUAAAUACAAUCAAUUAAAAAUUAUUUACCGUUUCUGAAAUAAUAAAGUUUAUCUUCACUAUUCCUCUCAUAGCAUCUGUUUCUCCUCAAUCUGUCUUCACUCAGGAGUUGGGUGUUGGUUGAAUGAUCCAAUAUAUCUUAUAGGGGGGCUCCUUUUCCCUAGAAGAUGUAUUAGAGCUCACGCUAUCAGGGCCACUCCAGCCAUGAGGCAAGGUAAGAAUCUUGCGGAGCGGCAAAAAGCUGCCUCUGGUAACUUUAACAGCCGAAUUUCAGUUUUUCAAAACAGAAAUUCAGCUCUUCUAGUGCAGUGAGUGUAAUAGCGCUCACUACACUAGCGAUCCAGCCCCUCCUCGACCCGCUCCGAAAUUACAAGUUAGAAGCGUGGAGCAGGAGGGGGCGGCAGCAGUCCCUGAAACGCUCCUGCAGUCUAUUAAAAUCACCAGAUGUCUCUCUACAUGCAGAAUUUGUGCAAAAGGCAGUUAUUUUGUUAGAUUUGUUUGUACUGGAAUCAAGUUAUUUGAGUGAGCUCUAAUACAUCUGCUAGGAAAGGGAGCUUUUCGGAUAAGAUAUAUCGGAUUAUUCAUCCAUUCACCCAACUGCUGCAUGAAGAGAGAAUGAAGAGUGAAAAUAAACUUGAUUAUUUCAGAAACAUUGAAGAAUUUUUAAAUGAUUGUAUUUAGAAAGUUUCUUACUUCAGUAUGAGGAAGCUUACAUUACAUUUUCAUUUUUGUGAUACUUCCUCUUUAAGGUCAGGGCUAUUCUGCGUGCAGUUCAGCAAGCCAAUUCUGUAUGCAUCUGUCUGUGCAUGGGGGAAUUAACAUUCUGAAACAGGAGAAGUCCUUCUCCAAACUGUAGCCACAAACAGGAAGCACAUAAUUCUCAUUGGAUGGUGCAUUUGAACCAAUGGUCCUAACCUAAAUUCUCCUGACAUCCCCCAGACCCAAUGGACUGCCAUAUUGUACCGUGUGCUUCAUCACUCUCGACAACUUGUGUUCACUGUCCCAACAACCAUUACACAACUAAAGCCAUUGACUGUCAUUGCACACAGUCAUGUUAACUUUGUGUGUAACUAUCCGCCCAUGGAAACCAGAGUUAAUAAUUUCUGAAAUUGAUGUUGUUUUAGUGUUGCUUUCAGGGACAGUUUGCAGUUUGGAUGGCGUAUUCCAACGUAGGAACUUCUAUCACAUCUAUUUGAGUUUGUGUGACCUAGAUGUUUUCACUUCACUUACGUUUGGAUGACACCCCCAUAUGUACGGCUAAAGCUGAUUAUGUAUUGAAAGCUCUGCUCAUGGGGGGACGGGUCACAUUCAUUUAUUGCAACUACUUUCAGUGCAUGGAAAGAACAAGCUGAUUUAGUUGCUGAUUCAGUGUAUGGGAGGAUAUGGGUUCAAUGUAAUUACACUAGGGUAACUUGUCUGAUAAUUUAUGUAUUUAUUCUUCCACGGAGUUUGAUGAUAAGAAUUUGGGUUCGGGGAAAUAAUUUAUUUUUAUAGAACAGAGAAGUAUAAACAAAGCUGUUUAUUUUAUGUUUAUGUCAUAUGAAUCAUGUACCCAGGCCUUUCCUAGGUUGCUCUUAAUUUGAUUUUAUUGAAACCUUUAGAUUUCUGCAUUCUGUCUUUGGAGCAUUGCAACAUGGAAGCACAGUUUGGUUUUAGCUUUAAUUUUAUAUUAGUUUUGCUGGUAUCGCCGCUUCCCUUUUUUCUGUGUUAUUGCUGUGCAUUGUGUUGGGAAAUUACAUACAAAUAAUACAGUUUUGUUUCUCAUUUGCAGAUAUAUACUCUACUUUUUUUGCUACAAAUCCAGAGCCUUAAAAAGUGAGAAAAUGCUAGACUGGCGCUAAUGAAAUACAGUAGAAGCCUGACUUUGCAUCCCCAGAUUUAAAUUUUUUCUGGAAUUGAUGCUGUUUUAUUGCAGUUCCAAUUUGUUGCAGACAAUCUGCAGUUUUUCUUUCCCACAUUUAACGGUUUCCCAGAAUUUACACUGUUUUGAUGCAGUAUUCUGGGAGACGUAAAAAUCAAGGUUCUAUUAGAGCUGCUAAUUAACCAAAUUUGAAGGAAAAGAUCAUCCCAGAUAAA